AUGAAGCAACCUGCUCUAGUACCCGGAAAGACCGUUGAGUCGAGAGUUGGAGAGAUUUUCGGUAUCAGUAUCGCUUUCACUUGCACCACCGUUCUCAUCGUUGCUCUGAGGAUCUUUACACGCCUGAAAUACGUCAACCAGCUCAGGUCAGAUGACUACAUUAUCCUUGGUUCACUUCUGAUGGAUGUUAUACCAGAGACGCAGUUUGGACUGGGUUAUCAUAUUAACGACCUCGCCGACCCGGCCAGUUUUGCUGGCUCUCUCAAACUUUUCUAUGCCGCUGAAAUCGCCUAUUAUGUCAUUGUCGGAGUGACCAAAAUUUCCCUCUUGAUCUUCUAUCUGCGCAUCUUCACUACCUCGAGUUUCAACUUUUUGCGGAAGCUGUCCUACGUGCUCUUGGUCGCCAUCUCCCUUCUCACCGUCAUAUACGUCGUCGUCUGUGUGUUUCAAUGCAGGCCGAUUGCAUUGGCCUGGGAUAAAGGGAUGAAAGGCACAUGUAUUAAUGUUACUGUCUUUUUCUACUGCCACGCGGGCCUCAACAUCCUAGCGGACUUCUGCAUCUACAUCAUGCCCAUGCCAUUGUUCUGGACGGUUAAGCGAUCGGCCAAAGAACGCGCGGCCCUUGUUGGAAUUUUUGCCGUCGGUGGCUUCGUCUGUCUCACCGGCAUUAUCCGGCUGACCUCCUUGAAGACAGCCAUGACCAGCCUUGACCCUUCUUGGGACAACGAGCCGUCUGCCAUCUGGUCUUGCAUUGAGGCCGACACGGGUGUCAUCUGUGCCUCUCUCCCGUCUCUCAAACCGCUCUUUGCGGAUGUGCUUGGCAGAGUUCCGCGCACCCAGAGCUAUUCCAGGAGUAACACCAGUCGAAACUUUGGGGCACUGACAGAGAGUCAAACCGGCCUGCAUACCCAUUCUCGAGCGGAUGUCGAACUCAGCCAAAAUCCCCGACCCUAUAAAAUCGAGCAUGUGGUUGUCCGGACCGUUGAGUUUCGUGUUGAGCACAGCGACGCUUAA